AUGUUUGAAACCGAAAAUUACAAAACCAGCCAUAAAUUGCUAACCGGAGAAAUCAAAGAAGCCAAAACACGUCUUAUCCAUCUCCUUCCGUAUUCUUUUGAGCAAACACGCCCAGCCUUAACCAAGGGAAAAACCCUAGCCGCCACCACCACCGCAAGGAGGAUCCGUCUUUGCCGCCGUCCGUCGCAGUCAGGGGCUUGUCUCCUCGAGUCUUCGUGCAUCGCAAUUAGGGGAGUUUCUUCCAAGUCUUCAAUCUGUUCACAGUCACAAGUCGCAGGCGUGCCGCUUCUCCCUCGAGCUCGGUGGUCGUCGUCUUGUCGCCGUUGUCUGUCGCCAUCUGUCGCAGUCAUCUCCUCGAGUCUUCGUGCGUCACAGUCAGGGGAGUCUCCAAGUCCUCGAGCUGUUCGCAGUCCCCGUCGCAAGCGCGCCGCUUCUUGCAUGUGCUCGGCGGCCGUCAUCUUAUCGCCGUCCUCUGUCGCCAUCCGUCCUCCUCAGCGAUCGAAGGAAGCAACUUAAAUUUAGGAGUGGAGUAGCUUGCAGCAUUGAAAACCAUCAGCACAAUGAACUGGUGAUAGAGGCAGUCAUAUUAAUAAGUAACAUGCCAGUAGACAUGUUCUAUAAUUUAUUUAGUAUUUUAUUUUAAAAUAGUUUUUUCGGUUGAAUUACGGUUGGAUCGGUUGGACCAGUGAACCAGUAAAUAAAACGGUUCGAUAACCGGUCUGGUUCUCAGAACCUUGGUUAUUGGUGUUAAUAUUUUGCCAAACUAUGGCUGCGUGCACUGUACUUUUAGUAUGAAAAAUAAAUGAUGAUAACAAACAUAAAAAAAUAAAUGAUGAUGUGAACAACCAUCUUCACUAAUUAGACUAUUUAA